AUGCCUUACACUGUCUUCAUCUCCGGCGCCAACAAAGGCCUUGGUCUCGGCUUGCUGAAGAGCUACCUCGGCCGCGCCGACACCACAGUCGUAGCCACCGUCCGCAACCCCUCGAGCACCGAAGCCAAAGCCCUGCAUUCAAUUCCCAAAGGCUCGGGCAGCAAUCUCAUCAUCGUCAAGGUCGAAGCACGCUCCGACACCGACUGCACUGAUGCCAUCUCCAGCAUCAAAGACCAAGGAGUAUCGCAUCUCGACCUCGUAAUCGCAAACUCUGGCUUCUAUGAUCCUCCCGCCGAGCCUCAGGUCGCCCACAUCACUGGCAAAGCAUUGUCAGAUAUAAUGGAUGUGAACGCCAUGGGUUGGGUGCGACUAUUCCAGGCGACUUUGCCUUUGCUGCAGAAAGCCGAGAAGGGCAUUUUCGCUUACAUGUCUUCUGCUGCGGGAUCCAUCACCGCUACUGGGGAUCUGCCUUUCUCGAUGGGUAUCUAUGGUGCUUCCAAGGCUGCUGCCAAUUUCUUGGUUAGAAGGGCGCAUCAGGAACAUCCCGACUUGGUUAUUUUCGCACUGCAUCCUGNNGGUAUGUCUGUCAAAACCCCUGGCGCUACGCAGGUCAUCGAGAGUAUGGGUAUGACCGAUGCUCCUCCUGGUUUCUUCAUUGACUUGGAGACAAGCAUUGAUGGCAUGGUAAAGACUCUUGACAAUGCAACCAGAGAGGAGACUUCGGGCAAGUUCUUGGCCUUUGACGGCUCAGAAGUGCCAUGGUAA